GAAACUAGAUGUUUUUAAUCUUAGGUGUAAACUACCAUGUGUUAUGAGUUGCCUCUCGGAAGGCAAGUGCAAGCACCACAGAUUCCAAGAACCCGACAAGCCUGUAACUGAGCAUAUGAAAAAGUGAAAGAUGAUGCGUUAAAGCAAACUCAAUCAUCCAUGCGCCACCGAGUGCCAGUACCAAUGAAUUGCAACGCUACAGAGGUCUUCAGUAAUGUAAUGCAGAGCCCUCAUUGGCCCUGCAUUAAUAUCCGGAUAUUGAAAAUGUGAGACUGGAGACAAGAAAGUGGAGAAGAGACAGUCACCUGUCACCAUCGUCAACAGUAAAGUGAUGGCAGGCUGGGUGCACAAAAAUACAGUGUUCCCAAUGCUAGGCCUCUGCUUUGCCUGCAUACGCUUCCCUAUGCCAUGCAUGGUUUGCUGCCUCCCGAGUGCUGCAGAUCCCUUAGGGAUCGCAUCAGCACUCAGUGCUUGUAGCGUUCCCCGGUGCCCGGACGUGGCAGUGCACACUGUCCCAUUACUCUGCUCACCCUUCCCUGGGAACUCCCGAGGCCUGAACGGCAUCCUUUCAUAAUGAGGUCUCAGUGCUCUCAGACGUCAUUGUGUGUCGCUGUCUUCUUCAAAACACUUCUGCGC